UUACUACUGACAGUCAGUUUAGCGAGAUUUUCUUAUGAUUUUGUGAUAAUUUAUCCAUAUAUUAGUUUUUCAACCCAAAUAGUCGUCUCCUAGAGAAGUGAACGCAAAAAUUUUGAACUUGUUCAGUUUAUUCAAGACUCAGUGCGCAGAUCAUGCUUUAUUUAGUGGAGGCAGAGGUUGAACAAAAAUAGCAGGAUGUGGCUUUUCAGUCGAGACUCCUUUAAGGAUUUUCCUUAUGAAGUAGUGGACAAAAGUGAUCACAAUGUUCGUCACGUUUACGAAGACAGCACUUGGUGUCUUACUGAAGGCAAGAAAAAGAAUAACGGAGAGCGCGUUUCCAUUUUUAUAUUUGAUGGAAAAUCGAGUGAUGACACCGAAUUCGAGCUAGCAAAGACAGCAGUGAAAAGAUUAAAAACCCUCAGACAUCCCAGCAUUCUUCAAUACAUUGACAGCUGUGAGACGGGUAAAACUCUCUAUCUGGUGACUGAGUAUGUCCAAAAACUGAAUGAUCGCUUAGCAUUGAUAGAGAAUGAAAAGCAAGAGCGCAAUGAUUUAUACAUUGCAUGGGGAAUUUUUCAGAUAACAAGAGCACUUAGUUUCCUAAACAAUGAUGGAAAACUGAGGCAUAAUAAUGUGAACUCACUGUCUGUGUUCGUCAACCAAGCGGGUGAAUGGAAGCUUGGUGGAGUAGAGUAUAUGGCUGGUGCAUCUGAGGGCUCUGGCCUUCCUGUGAAAAUACUGCGCAGCCUAGAAAAAUAUGACCCGCCAGAAAAAGGGGACAGCACUCGGCAAAGACUUAUAACAGAUUGGUCCACAGAUAUGUGGGGUCUUGGUUGCUUGAUUUGGGAAGUAUUCAACGGACCACUAAUACAGCCUCGCUCUCUGAAGUCGAACAACAAAAUUCCAACUUCUUUGAAGCAGGUUUACACCGAACUUAUGAACGACAAUCCCAACCAGAGACCUAAUCCAGCAGAUAUCAUCACACGAUGUUGUAAGGUUAAUGGGUAUUUUAAAAAUGAGUUGAUAGAUACUUUGAUGUUUUUAGAGGAGAUUCAGAUCAAAGACAGUAGUGAAAAGAAUAAAUUUUUCAACUCGUUACCACCCAUUUUAGAGAAUUUUCAUGACAACAUAUGCAAGUAUAAGAUUUUGCCUCACCUUAUCACCGCAUUUGAGUAUGGUGACGCUGGUGCUGCAGUCCUCACACCAAUAGUCCAGUUGGGAAAAACUCUGGAUGAAGCUGAGUACCAGAAGCGCAUCGUUCCGUGUGUGGUGAAAAUGUUCUCUUCAAUGGAUAGAGCAACUAGGAGCAAACUGCUGCAACAGCUAGACAACUUUGUUGGACAUCUCCCAGCAUCUAUAAUCAAUGACCAAAUUUUUCCGCAAUUUGCCAAUGGAUUUUUAGACACUAAUGUUACCAUUCGAGAACAGACUGUUAAAUCUAUCGCACUGCUAGCACCAAAACUGAACUACAACAAUCUAAAUGGAGAAGUAAUGAGGCACUUUGCAAGAUUACAAAGCAAAGAUGAACAUGGCGGUAUUAGAACCAAUACUAUUGUGUGUCUUGGUAAAAUUGCGCAGCACAUUCAUCCACAGGUGCGGCAGAAAGUUCUCAUAUCAGCAUGCAUUCGAGCUAUGACCGACGUCUUUCCACCCGCAAGAACUGCCGGAAUUAUGGCGCUUGCAGCCUCUCAGCAAUACUUCCUCUUAAAUGAAAUAGCUCGUAAAAUUUUACCAGCUCUAUGUCAGUUGACAGUUGAUCCUGAUAAAUCUGUCAGAGAUAAUGCCUUUCGCACCAUCAAAGGAUUUUUAGGGAAACUAGAAAAAUUUUCAGAAGAUCCAAGUUUACAAGAAUCAAUGGAGGCUGAUGUGCAUACUGCUGCCCCAAGUCUAUCCAAUGCAGCUGCAACGUGGGCUGGUUGGGCUGUCAGCGCUGUCUCUUCCAAAUUCUACCGUAGCCAAUCGGAUACCACCAAAUCUGUGAUUGUUCACCCCAGUAAAAAUUUACACAAACCAGGAUCUCUAGAGCAUCAGUCAAGUAGCAGUAUGUCAACGACUACUUCAAGUGUUACAUCUUUGGAAGAAGCAAGCAAAGGAAACGAAUCAUUUUCCGAUUACGAUGACUCAUGGGACACUCAGAACUGGGGCGAAAUUGACGCAAGCGGUGACCAACCAUCAAAAUUCCACGUUCAUUCUAUGUCAGGAAAAUCUACGGAAUGGGGGCUCAUGGAUGAGAAAUUGACUGUCGAAGAAGAAGAGGAUGAUGAAAAUAGUAUGACCGAUGCUAACAAUAAGCAGAACCAUGACAAGUCCAAUUUCUCAUAUCUCUCCAAUAAUCAGGAAAACUCUAGCUCACAUCAGAAUUCACUUAGUAAUUGGGAUGAUGCAAAUUGGAGUGUCAUAGAUGAUGUAGGACCAGGCUCGGAAUCUGUCAUCGAACCAUCAGAAAAGAAAAGACCGGAACGACGCCAACGCCAAAAAGAUCAAGAAGUUAAGAGAGGUCCGAGACAAGGACCCAUGAAACUGUGUGUGAAAAAACCAGUACCAGACCUUCUAUAAAUUAAGUUAGGAUAAGUUAUUACUUUAUCAAUUAUUAAAGUUUAUCAUUCUGUUAAGUUUCAAGGAGCCUUACCUCCUUUUCACUGGUGCUGCCUUGAGUAAAUGGGGGCUCUUCAUUUAUGCUAUGCUGGAAAAUUUCGAGGACCUUAGGUAGAAAAUAUGGAACUCAUUAUUUAUUACCCGGUUAAAGUUGUUUAUAUGAUACAGACCAUUGUGUUCCCAUUCCAAGUUAACAGUUUAAUUUAUCUGAAACACGCUAAUGCUUUCCUCUUUUCAUACUUUCUUUAUCUUAUUUCUUUUCAUGUGUCAACCUGUGGCAAGUCUUUCUAAUUUUCUAAUAUUUAAUUUUAUUUUAUUCAUUUAUUCAUUCAUUCAUUCAUACAUUAAGAAAAUUUGAAACAUUUAAGCCAGUUACAAACUAACGAGUGCGUAAGUUAUAUUCGCUGAGAAAAAUGAAAGUACAGAAAAAUGA